GAAUUAGACACGCACUCGAGCACAGCUCGGAAUCACGUUCGCCUGCCUAGAUCUAUAGGCUGCAGCGGCCGUUUCUUUCUGGUGGCGGGGCGCUUCACGGCCGGCUUUGCGCGUGCUGGGUUGCGGUGUGGCGCCUUGCCGGCGGCGGGAGCUGCAGUGCGGUUCCUCGCGCCGCCGCCGCGAUGCCGAUGCGAAGAUGGCGCUUCGCCCCAUGAUGCUCGUGGAGGUGUUCGAAGAGGUCCAGGAGGAGUUCGAGGGCAUCCAUCUGGCCAGCGGUCUCUAAGAAGCUAUGCCUAGUAAACUAUCGCACCAGUUAGAAAUAACACAGAUUGCCUUUUAAAUUGUAAAAGUGAAGAUGCGCUUUGUAAUGCUGACUCAACAGUACUAGAUGCAGCACUAUCCUGAUGCUCUGCGAUGACUACGGGCGCGAUGCUUUUCCUGAGGACAGAAGCAGCUGCUGGAUGAGUACAACGCGCUGCUGGCUAUCACGCAAGAAAAUGUUGCCACCUCAGCACCUAUCUUAGGCUAUGCAAAGGAUUUGUCAUGAUUCGCAGUUAGUUUAGAUUGAAGUUAGCGCCGGCACCAGCGCCCUUCAACGUCGUCCUGCGUGUGUUUGUGAUGUUUUUGGAAUUUGUUGAGAUUAACAAAUGUGAAGGUGGCAGUUAUUUUCCGCAUGAUACUUGUCGAAGCCUUUGAGGAGAUUAAGGCGGAGUUUCAGGGGAUCUAUCUGACCAGAAAAACUUCUGGCGAUCGCCACGAAUUUGAAAGCUUCAGCAACAGGUAUACAAAAGAGAUCUGCGAAGCAAAAGAAGCAGGAGAGCGCGCACUCUUCAUGCGCGACUUUGCUUUUAGUGUCAUGCACAAUCGCGGAAUCAUCGGACGAGUUUGAGUUUGCAUAAUGCUCCUGCAAGAAACAGUUGUAAUCAAGGUGGCUUCAUCAUCCCACAAAUAGUACGAUCCAACCAGGGAGUUUUCUUCGCAUAAGGGCGGCACGCAAAUCCAGGAAAUUUACGUCACUGAAGGUAGUUCCCUCCGCAAUCAAACACGGACUCUCAACUUUGUCAUGCAGUUUGAUCAUCCUAGGACAAUGACAAGAUGAGUCUUGAACGAAGACUUGUGGAUUCGUGGAGUAGUUUCAUUUCAACACCCGUUGUCAGUCGUUGACGCAACAACGUUUUCUACAAUAUCUCCUCGCAUGCAUCAGGUAUUCUCAUAGGCAACCAAGACGGACCCACUGGGGUUUUGCUUAAGUUUUUUUUUCCUAAGUCGUUUUGUCAGGGUUUGAUUGCGGCCUGGGAACUGCUUUUAAUCGGAUGAGCCGCAGGCGGAAAUGCACGCGGUCAAAACGGCGACGGCGAAGAGCUCGGAUGCAGGAAAGAGAAUGUUGCUUCGGGCGGAGUUUCGGGGCAUCUAUCUGACCGGGGGCGGGAUAUAAUCCCGGCAGGGACCGGCACGCCUGCGCGCCCAUGG